UGCAACUGUUUUUCCCCUUUCCCCUUUAAAUUAGCUUCUUGCUGUGUUCUCAUAUGUGUCCAGUUGACAGUUAUACCCGUCCAAAAUCUUCAGCGACUUGCGAGUUCUGUGAACGCCAAGCAAGCUGUCCUGCCCCGCCAUGGCGUCUCUCCGGCUCGUAGCAGCGCUGGCGCCCUCCCCUCCUCCGCCUCGAAGGGAGCCACAGAAGCCUCCGCCAUCUGCGGCCCACUUAGCGAGGGGCGUCUCCCUCGCGGCGGCGGCCGCCACCAUGGCCAUGGCCGCGGCCUCGCCGCCGGCGCUCGCCGCGCUGGCGGAGCCGGCGAACGCGCUGUCGCUACCCACGUGGGCCGUCCACGUCUCCAGCGUCGCCGAGUGGGUGACGGCGAUGGCGCUGGUGUGGCAAUACGGGGAGCGGACGGGGUUGAAGGGCUGGAAAGGCCUCUCCUGGGGGAUGGUUCCGCUGCUUGGUGGAGCGAUGUGCGCUUGCACGUGGCAUUUCUUCUACAAUUCAGAGUCUCUCGAGGUGCUUGUGGCGCUUCAAGGUGCUCUUACAGUGACCGGCAACAUAACAAUGUGCAUAGCUGCAUUCCGCAUCUUCAAAGCGUCCCAGGAAGGCACUAACAGCAAAAGUCCAUAACCAGUAUGCAUAUUCUUUUUCAACUUGUCGUGACAGCAUUGCAAAUGAGUUGCUUACAGUUGAAACAUAGAUCUGUCUGGUCGAAGCUUGUUACGAAUGGAAUGACAGUUUUAGCUUGUGCAUGUGUGA